UGGCCUGGGAGACAACUGCAAGAGUGAAGAUGAACUGGGGCGGUAUUCAGAGAGGGGCCAUUGCAGGGAUUGGAGCUGCUGCAGCAAGUGGGGCAAGAAGUUGUGCACAAUGACGUGGCAAAAGAAGAGCCUGUGUUCCUACUGGAUGUUGACAGUAUGCGUCAUGUGGGUUCUGGCCAAGCCACCCCCUGACAAGAAGGAGCGUGUCCAUCACAGCCCAGACCUCAGCGACCACCUCCACGACGACAGCCAAGAUUUCCAGUAUGAUCACGAAGCCUUCUUAGGGAAAGAGGAGGCCAAGACAUUCGACCAGCUGACUCCCGAAGAGAGCAAAGAACGUCUAGCGAAAAUCGUAGAUCGAAUCGACAAGGAUAAGGAUGGCUUUGUGACUCAACCUGAAUUGAAAGAUUGGAUCAAGCAUACACAGCACCGCUAUAUUUACGAGAACGUGAACAAGAACUGGAAGGACUACGACAAGGAUAGUGAUGGCCAUAUCACCUGGACUGAGUUCAAAAAUGCGACGUAUGGUCACUAUGAAGGAGAGGAGUUUGGUGAUCUGGAGGACAAAGAUUCCUACCGGCGAAUGUUAGCCCGAGAUGAGCGGCGGUUCAAGGCAGCUGACAAGGAUGGGGACUUGAGUGCUACAAGGGAGGAGUUCACUGCCUUCCUCCACCCUGAAGAAUUUGACUAUAUGAAAGAUGUUGUGGUGACGGAAACCAUUGAGGACAUAGACAAGAAUGGAGAUGGCUUUGUAGAAGUGGAUGAAUAUCUUGGCGACAUGUAUAGUCCUGAAACGGGAGAGCCAGAGCCCAGCUGGGUGAAGAGUGAACGUCAACAAUUCCUGGACCAUCGGGACCUCAAUAAAGAUGGCAAAAUGGACCGAGAGGAGAUUGGGCACUGGAUUUUGCCCCCAGAUUAUGACCAUGCCGAGGUGGAAUCAAAGCACCUCCUUGUUCACUCAGAUGUUGAUAAGGAUGAAAAAAUAACCAAGCAAGAGAUAUUGGACAAUUGGAACAUGUUUGUGGGGAGCCAGGCCACCAACUAUGGUGAAGAUUUGACAAAGGAACAUGAUGAGCUGUGAUCAGAGCAAGUGGGGGAUGCGCGUUGGAGCACCCUCCCUCAGAUGCCGGUGGGGGAAAUYACACUCCAGGAGGGAAUGGUUUUCUUAUUUAUUGGUGUGAGGGCCUGCUUAAGUUUUCUGACAGGUURYRAUAGCUGGCAUAAACCCGGGCGGUUUUUAUAUGAUCUGUUCUUCCUCUCCUGACUCCUUAUCUCCCUCAAACACUGUGAAGCUUUGCCAUACUUACAAAGAUGUCCUCACUGCCAGAAAUUUAAGAAGGGGCAGAUUAAACAUCUCUCACCCACGUCCAAAACAGUGUUCAAUCUAUUUUACAAGGGCUGGUCUGUGUUUGUGUGUUCCUCCUGUCAUAUCUGUGGAUUCCAAGGCAUCCAUUUAUUUUCUCUCACAUAGUUUUAAACUGCUUCUGGACUACUUCAUCACACUAGAGAAAAAAAUCCACUUAAAAUCYGGUUUCUGCCUCCUGCAGAAUUCUGGGAUUUGUAGUUUAGUGAGGCUGUUAAAGGCUCAUCCUUAAACUACAAACCCUAUAAUUCUGCAGGAGUCAGCAACAGGGUUUUAAGUGGGUUUUCAACUCCGUUGCCAUUCAAGUUGCUCUCCUUCCUUGGUAACAAGAUCCAUAUUUACCUUUCGAACAGUAAUGUGGGACUUCAUAGGGGGCAAGCAGCUGAAGUGGAACAAACAAGGCAAUAGGUUUGAAAUCACCUUCUUGCGGUGUUUUUACCCUACUUACAUAGAAAUACUAAAGGCUGCUUAUAUGUAAUAUGUAAGUAGCCCCAAUCCUUGGACAAAUAUUGUAGGUGUAGUUUCUCUCUCUACCCCUUCUUCUCCAGGAUGGCAGGCUUUCACGAGAGGAAUUCAUUAAACUUAUGCAGCAGAGUUUCGACGCCACCAAAGAAUAUGAAUCAACAAUCAACAAAGUGUUGCCCCACCAUGAGCUGUGACCUUGUGAUUGUAACACUCUGGAUUAUUAAUAAAACUAUUUUCCACCCCUCCA